AGCAGUUGCCACCUCAUUCUCUCACCGUCAUCAACCUUUCGUUCGAGGAAGCACGAGGGCGAUGCAACCGGAUCCGUGCUAGUCUAGUGUUUGGCGGCUAAUCCCUUCUUGCAGCGGCGACAUCUCAAGAUCUGGUGAACCCAGGGACUCACGAAUCGACGGCGACUCGUCUCCAACUUCAGCGGUGUAUCGGAAUCGUCUCUUUAAAGGCAGCUGUCCAAUAUUACCCACGAACUAGCGACGUAGUUCGCGACGGCCCUCUCUCUUCGGCGGCAGUGUAGCGGCGGCGUCGUCGUAAUCCUCUUUUCCAGCGGCAUUUUUGGAGAUCGAGUUAUUCUUAGAGGUUUAAUGAAGUCGAAUGUUUUACUUUUAUAUAAGAUUCGUUUAUUCUAGGCGUUUCAAGUAGUAUUUGGUUCGUCGUUUUUGAUUGAAAAAUGUUAUCAUUUUCUCAUUUCUUGAGUAAAGACUGGAGUUAUUUUGGAUUAAUUGAUCUUGUUGUCUGACCUGAGUUUAAUCAAGCAAGGAAGUCUAGUAAUGUUCCUUAAAUUAAAAUAAAAUUUGGGGCCGUUUGAACGCAUUUCCGAUUUGUCUCUUUACAUAUCUUAAUUUCGGUGGUGCAAGGUAUUUGCCGCUGUAGUUCUAGUUCUAAUUCAGUUUGUUUCGGCGUUAAUCCUGGUGGUGGGAUGUAGCUUCACUAUUCGAUUCUGCUGUCCAAUUUAUGAAGAAGGGCCACAGUGGCUUUUUUGGGUGCUUCGAAUGAGGGCGUGGGUGGUAGGCGAAUAGGUCAUUUAUAAACUAUUGUCUACUUCUCUUAUGAUAUGCAUCUUUCCUGGAGAUCUUUCUAAAGAGCCUUCCUGCUUGUCAUUACCAAUUUUCUUCUGGCAAUUUUGGAUGUUAGGUUGGUGCUCAAUAAAAAUUUGUGCUUUUGAGUAAUAUUCAUUCUUCUGCAGCGCUGGUAUGGACAGUAAGUACAGCAGAGAGUUGUCAGAUGAGGAUGAAGUGAAAAAGAAAACAGAUAGACACCGCCAUAGUUGUAGGAAAAGAGAUAUCGGACAGCGUGGUUGUCGUGAAGAUGAUAGUGAUUCUAAUGAUGCCAAGGAAGAAUAUGGGAGUAGAUGGCAUGAGUCGAAAGAUGCGUACAGUGAUGAAGAUCAGACUAAAGUAAGAAUUAGUGAGAAAAAUGAUGGCCACAUACAUGAACGGUGGCAAAGUGAAGAUGGCAGAAAGAAUGCAUCUAGACAAAGUCCUGGUGAAGGUUACGAGAGAAUAGACAGAGACAGAAACAGGCAUGAUAGAUACGAAAGGCGUCAAGGUGACAAUAAGCGUAGAGAACCAGAGAGAGGAGACCAGAAAGAACCCCUUCAAAAUAUAGAUAAGGAUGAGCAGAGAAUGGGCAGAGAUAAAAACAGGCACAAUAGAAAUAGAAUGCAUCAUAAUGAAAAUCAGCAGAGAGAACAAGAGAGAGUAGACCGGAAAGAAUCAUACCGAAGUUCUGAUGAAAAUGAGCAGCGAGAUGAUAAAGACAAAGACAAAAAAAAGCACGAUAGAGAUAGAAGGCAUCAAGGUAAAAAUCUGCAAGAAGAUAGAGGAGAUAGGAACGAAUCAUAUCGAAGUUUUGGUGAAAAUGAAGAGAGAAUGGACAGAGACAAAAACAGACAUGAUAGAGACAGAAGGCCUCGUGGUGAAAAUCGGCAUAAUAGAGAACAAGAGAGAGGAGACCGGAAAAAGUCUUAUACAAGUUCUGAUGAAGACGAGCGGCAAGAAAGGAGGCAUGACCAUAGACGACGUGAAUCUGAGAAUGGAAAUAAAAAUGUGGAUCGCCAUUUGCACCAUGAUUCAAAAGAUGAGCGUGUCAAGGCAUUGCAUAGAAAAUCAGAACAUGGCAGGAAUUGGAUUGACAAUGAUAGGGAGAAGAAGCAUUCAAAACAUGAUUACAAGUAUAGAAAUUCUCAAGAUCUACGUGAUAAGGAGGCGAAUGAACAGAGAGAGGAUCGUAGAAACAUUGGGGAUAAAGAAAAGGCUGGCACGCGGACUCUUGACCAUCCACAACCUCACAGACAAGAAAAACAGUCUGAGAACAAUUUGAAUUCCGAUGCUUUAAAUCUGGGUAAGAGUGGUGGGGUUUAUAUUCCACCAUUUAAGUUGGCCAGAAUGAUGAAGGAGGUCCAAGAUAAGAGCAGCAUUGAGUAUCAACGUUUGACAUGGGAUGCACUCCGGAAAAGUAUCAACGGACUUGUCAACAAGGUCAAUGCUACUAACAUAAAGAAUAUCAUUCCAGAGUUAUUUGCAGAGAACCUGAUCAGGGGCAGGGGUUUAUUCUGCCGUUCCUGUAUGAAGUCACAAAUGGCAUCUCCAGGGUUCACCGAUGUAUUUGCUGCACUGGUUUCUGUUGUAAAUACUAAGUUUCCAGAAGUGGGCGAUCUUCUUUUGAGAAGAAUUGUCUUGCAACUCAAAAGAGCAUAUAAACGGAAUGAUAAGCCUCAACUACUAGCUGCUGUAAAAUUUAUAGCACAUUUAGUUAAUCAGCAGGUGGCUCAUGAAAUAAUUGCAUUAGAACUACUCACUGUGUUGCUGGAGAAUCCUACGGAUGACAGUGUGGAGGUGGCUGUUGGUUUUGUAACUGAGUGUGGAUCAAUACUACAGGAUUUUUCUCCUAAAGGGCUUCAUGGAAUAUUUGAGCGGUUUCGUGGAAUUCUUCAUGAAGGGGAAAUAGACAAAAGGGUUCAGUUUCUGAUUGAAGGCCUAUUUGCAAUAAGGAAAGCGAAGUUUGAGGGCUAUCCAGCUGUUCGUCCAGAAUUGGACCUUGUGGAGCAAGAAGAUCAGUUAACUCAUGAAAUUUCCCUGCAAGAAGAGAUAGAUCCUGAGAUUGCUCUUGAUAUCUUCAAAUCUGAUCCAAAUUUCCUCGAAAACGAGAAGCGUUAUGAGGAUUUAAAGAAAAAUAUACUUGGUGAGGAAUCUGAGGAUGAAGAAGACCGAUCUGAUGCUGGAUCGGAUGAUGAAGAGGAUGAGGAUGAGGAAAAUGAUUCUGAAGAAGAUGAGGAGCAGAUGCAAAUAAAUGAUGAAACAGAGACUAAUCUUGUGAACCUCAGAAGGACAAUUUAUCUGACAAUUAUGUCCAGUGUGGACUUUGAGGAGGCUGGGCAUAAGCUUUUAAAAAUUAAACUCGAGCCUGGUCAAGAAAUAGAAUUGUGCGUCAUGUUGUUGGAAUGUUGCAGUCAGGAAAGAACUUACCUUCGAUAUUAUGGUCUGUUGGGGCAAAGAUUUUGUAAGAUCAACAAAGUGCAUCAGGAAAAUUUUGAGAAAUGCUUUGUCCAGCAGUACUCGAUGAUUCAUAGGCUUGAAACUAAUAAGCUCAGAAAUGUGGCUAAAUUUUUUGCCCACUUACUCGGCACUGAUGCUCUUCCAUGGCAUGUCUUGUCUUACAUUCGAUUGACUGAAGAAGACACCACAUCUUCAUCAAGGAUUUUUAUUAAGAUCCUUUUCCAGGAACUUUCAGAGCAUUUGGGCAUUCGACUAUUGAACGAACGUCUCAAUGACCCGACAAUGCAGGAUUCGUUUGAAUCUAUUUUCCCCAGGGAUAACCCAAAGAACACAAGAUUUUCCAUCAACUUCUUCACGUCUAUUGGGCUUGGUGGUCUGACUGAGAAUUUGCGAGAGUAUUUGAAGAAUAUGCCACGGCUAAUCAUGCAACAACAAAAACCAGUGUCGGACUCCGAUGAGGAAUCUGGAAGUUCUGAUUCGUCGGGUUCAGAUUCAAGUACUUCACAGUCGGAAUCAGAUUCGUCAAGCUCCAAGGAAAGUGAAGGCGAAGAUAGGAGGCGUGGAAAAAAGAGGAGGAAAACAGGAAGGUGAUAGGUUUGUAUAUUUUCUCCAUUUGCUCUUGCUGGAUGUUUAUUAUAACCUUUUAUUUAAUUGUUUCUUUGAUGAAAUUUUACCUCUCUAAGGUUAGAUUAAUGAAGGAGGUGCUUAAACUGAAGGCAAUGGUAAGGUCGCCAUUGUUGGGACUGAACAAUAACACUUUUGUUUACUAUUUUUUGAAAAGUAUCGUAUCCGGGAGGUGGUGGUGUUCACGAUGUCUUGAAUAAAGUAGAGAUGCCCCAGCCCAAUAUUGGGCAAUCUUUUAUAUCA